AUGUUAUGUUGUGCUGUUUAUUCUAAAAAAUAAAAUGAGAUAUUACAUUUUUAGGCUUGUCAUUCUCUUGAAGAAAAAGAAUAAGAAAGAAAUUUAAACGAUAUCUUAUUAUAUGUUAAUGAUUUUAAAUUUUUAAAGCCUAAGUAAGUUUAAAAGAUUUAUACUUGGAAUGGAAUAUGGUAUUUAGAACUUGAUGAAAAGUUUUGCUGCCAUUUAGUUUAUUGCUAAAAAAAUUAUCCUGCUUAAUCAUCACUCAGAUUUUUAAGUUAGAUGAAAAAGUUAGUGUGCUAAUUAAAUCAAUAUGAUUCUCCAGAUAAUAUCACCAAAUUUUUGUCAAACAGAAUAUUUAAUUUAAUCAAAGGUUAUGAUGCGGAUAUAAGUUAUGAUGAUGCAGAUUUUAAUUAUGCUGAUGGAAAGAAAGAAUAACUCUCAGAAAAAAGUACUCAUUCAAUUAUUGUCGACUUACCUGAGAAUUAUUAAGGAGCAGGUGAUUAAAGAUUGAGAAAAGGUUAAACUCUUAGGGACUCUAAAUCUUCUAUUUAAAAUAAUAAUUUUUAUCCAAGACCUACAACAUCAAUUUAAUUCAAUGAAUAUUUAUGCUACGGAGCUAUGAUACUUGUAGCUUUGCUUAUGUUAAUAUUAAUAAUUAUAAAAAUAUGA